UUGCCAAGCCCUGUCUGUAGACUCUAGGAAAGGAAGGAACUUUUCUAACCACAAAUACAAAGAGCAUAGAACAUAGAACAUAACGUUAAACAGGAAGCUUCAAAUCAUUACCCAACAAAUUAUUAGUAAUUAACAAGCAAAGAAGAGAAGGACUGCAGUCGGCAGACUCGACUCACUCACUCGUAUUUAAAGCACCCCGGUCUUCCUCAGCUUACUGUGGCUGCCUGUCAACUGUGCGGCUCCAAACAUAAAUACUGGUGGUUAAUCCCUAAAUUUAAAUUAGCUAUGUUUUCUGUCUUCAAUACCUUCAAUUCUAGUGCCUUGCAGAUUCUCAUCAUCCUAAGCUUGCUCUUGGCCUCUGCUGCGCAAAUCUCAUUCUCAUCCUCCCAAUCUAAUUCCAAUUCCGGAGUCAAUGUGUGGCCAAAGCCAAGGAACUUUUCGUGGCCUCAGCCGCAGCAGGCCAACCUUCUCUCCCCUAACUUCUCCAUCACUUUUCCGGACCACCACAAAUACCUAUCAUCCUCCGUAAAACGGUACCUGCAGCUUAUUCUAAGCGAGCACCACCUCCCCCUCGUCAACCCAUCCUCCUUCAUCCACAUCAACACCUCCGCCCCACCCUUGCUCACCCUCUCCGUCACUGUUGCUGAUCUCAGCGCCCCUCUUCACCACGGUGUCGAUGAGUCUUACACACUUACAAUCCCCAUCUCCGGAGGAGCCGCCGAUCUGGCUGCCCAGACGGCGUGGGGCGCCAUGAGGGGCCUCGAGACAUUUUCACAGCUGGUGUGGGGCGAUCCCUCCCUCGUGGCUGUGGGCGUCUACGUGUGGGACUCUCCACUCUUCGGGCACAGAGGAGUGAUGCUGGACACCUCUAGAAACUUCUACGGAGUGCAGGACAUGCUCAGGACCAUUGAGGCAAUGAGCGCCAAUAAGCUCAAUGUCUUCCAUUGGCACAUCACUGACUCUCAUUCUUUCCCACUGAUGGUGCCUUCCGAGCCUGAGUUGGCAUCCAAGGGAUCUUAUGGGUCGAAUAUGCACUACUCUCCGGCUGAUGUCACCAAGAUUGUUGAGUUUGGUUUGGAGCAUGGUGUCAGGGUUCUCCCGGAAAUCGAUUCGCCUGGCCACACAGGAUCGUGGGCCGCAGCCUACCCAGAUAUUGUGACAUGUGCAAAUAUGUUCUGGUGGCCAGAUGGAGUUGAUUGGGCUGACCGGCUUGCUGCUGAACCAGGAACCGGUCAUCUGAAUCCAUUGAACCCCAAGACCUACCAAGUCCUCAAAAACAUCAUCCGUGAUGUGGCAAUACUAUUCCCUGAACCAUUUUACCACGCUGGAGCUGAUGAGAUCAUACCUGGCUGCUGGAAAGCUGAUCCGACCAUUCAGUCAUUCCUAUCUGAGGGUGGAACUCUCAGUCAGCUCCUUGAGCUUUUUGUCAACUCCACUUUCCCUUACAUUGUAUCACUUAAUAGGACAGUGGUGUAUUGGGAAGACGUUUUACUGGAUGAUAAUAUCAAGGUGCAAUCAACAGUUCUUCCCCAAGAGCAUACCAUCUUACAAACGUGGAACAAUGGUCACAACAACACUAAACGAAUUGUGUCUUCUGGAUACCGUGUCAUCGUGUCAUCUUCAGAAUUCUAUUACUUGGAUUGUGGUCACGGUGACUUUCUAGGGAACAAUAGCAUCUAUGAUCAACAAACAGGCAGUGGCACAAGAAAUGGGGGAUCCUGGUGCGGUCCUUUCAAAACAUGGCAAACCAUGUAUAAUUAUGAUAUAACGUAUGGAUUGACUGAAGAGGAGGUGAAGUUGGUGCUAGGUGGAGAGGUUGCAUUGUGGUCUGAGCAAGCUGACCCGACAGUUUUGGAUGCACGCAUUUGGCCGCGAGCUUCAGCAGUGGCAGAGUCAUUAUGGUCGGGGAAUAGGGACGAGAAAGGUAUGAAGAGGUAUGCAGAGGCAACUGAUCGGUUGAAUGAAUGGAGGAGCAGAAUUGUGGCUAGAGGUGUUGGGGCUGAACCCAUUCAACCACUUUGGUGUGUCAGGAACCCAGGAAUGUGCAACACAUUUAACCCAGUUGGUUAAAAUGCUCUGAUUUUGUGUCUGUGUGAAUCUAUUUUUAAGGGAAUAAAAGUGCAUCAGUCAACUCAAAACCACCUAUAUAACAACCACCAGUGCCUAAUGAAAUACUCAAACUCGGCAAACUCUAUCAAUUAUACUUAAUGUGAAACAAUGAUAGCCAGAUCAAA